AUCGAUUAUAGGGAAUCAUUUCCACUCUAGUGUAAACUAAACACUCAAGUACUCUUGUUGUUUAACUGUUAUUAUUUAAUUUGUAACUUCUUCAAUUAUUUUAUUUUUAUAAUUAUGUGAUAAUAUUGUGAAUGAACCUCUAAUUUUAUUAUUUUUACCUUCAAAGAAAUUUAUUUUAAGCCUAACAAGUGAUAUUGUGUUUUCCUUCAUCCCAUUUCUAUUUCCUUCUGCUGCAUUUAUUCCUGGUAGCCAAGUCCAAACAUCAAGCUCAUUUCUUUCAUAAUCAAUAAAUCAAUAUAAUCAUUGAAAAUUAUAUUAUUUUAAUUAAACAACAUUAUGGUUGACUGUUUAUUUUCAUGCAAUUCAAUCAUGCAUUUCAACAAAUAAUUUUAAUUUGAUGUAUUCAAGUUGCAUUCAAGAAUUAUGGAUGAUCCAAAUUAUAAGAUGAAGAAUAUGUACUCUUCAGUGAGUCCGUCCGAGAUUGCUUUGAGGUGUACUAUUCUUGACCUUUGCCAAAGAUUGAAAAGAACGGAAGUUCUUUGUGAUUAUUAUGAACAAUGCCGAAAUGAGUUGGUCUCCGAUUGUAUACGAUUGAGGCAAGAAAGAGAUUACUAUCUCAUGGCCCACAGAAACCAUUUACAGAAAGCAGAGGCCUCCAAACCAAAAAUUAAUCAAGUGAAUAAUCAAAAUACUGGACCAAAAUUAGAUAAUAAAUUAAACCAAGUUAAAAAGCAGCCAAGCUUCUCAUUUGAGAAGGAGAUUGAUUUCCCUAAAACAGCAGAGGUGGAUGAUAAUUAUGAAGAGAUUGCUAAACGAUUGAUCGCACAAUUUAGAGAAGAAAUGGAGGAAAUUAGACGAGCUUCAAUGAAUGGAUCACAAACCGUUAAUACCAGUGAACCUAGUACUGGAUCCAAUGUGUUCAAAGGUCGGACAAGUAAUCAAACAAUUGAAUCGACACCGACAAUGAUAGCAACAUCUACAAAAUCUCAAUCCACUCCAUUUCACGAUGACAGCGGUAUUUCAACUAAAAUGUUUGAUACUCCAGGCUGUACACCAAGUAAAUCACAAAUUUCAUCUUCGCAGUUUAUGGGCAGAAGAGGCAAUGAUCCUGCUAGUAAUUACAACGUGGAUUAUGGUGAAAAAAUUUUAAUUUAUGAUGUAUUAGAUGAUGUACAGAAAGGACCAAAAUUUUAUCAUUCUAAUCAAGGUAUAACUAAGAAAGACUCUACCGAGAACGAUAAAUUAACUCAUUAUGACGGAUUAUCUAGUGCUUAUCAAAGAAAUCAACAGGGUCACGCUCGUCAAAGAAAUACUAGCACGCAUAAUAAUGGAUUUCCGAAAGAAGAAGAACAAAAUAUUUUAAAAGAUACUCCAACAAUAAUUGAGGUCAAUUCAAAUCGAGAUAUUUACAGUAAUCAAACUGGCGAUGCUGGUGUUGAUGCUGCCCCACAAGUUCCAUCUAAUUCAGAAGCUGAUCAAUAUAUCGAUUUAUGUUAUAAAUUACUAAAGAGCAGCAUCAAUGAUUUUGAUACAUUAACAAGGAUGCUAAUGAACCAAAAUGAGAAGCUUCGUAAACUUAAAGGGAAACAAUUAAGAAGUUAUUUCAAACGACAAUUAGAUCAAAACAACGAAACUACUUCUAAUACUAAAAGACCCUGAACCUGAUUGUGUAUGGUGUAUAUUGAAUUUUUAAUUUGCAUAAAAAAAUUUUAUCAUAGAUGAAUCUCUUUUGAUAUUGUCAAAAGAUUUUCAAAAGUAAAAUUGAUCAUUAUGCUAACUUUACUCUGUAUUAUUUUACUAACUAAUGCUGUUAUAAUCGACCUCAUGUAUUUCCAGAAUAUAUCUUCUUGUUAAUCAAUGGAUAUGAAGUUUAAUUUACUUUUUAACUGAAAUCAAGUAUGAAAUAUUAUUUACUCAAUAUAAAAGAUUGAUCAUUGGUGAACUUUGUUUCCCGUUCUAUUUUAACAAAAUUGUACAUUGCUUAAAGAUACGUGCGAAAUGACUGAUAAUCAAUGAGCUGAAGUAAACUAAUUGUUUGCGAUAA